AUGGCCUCGCAAAAUGAGGUCCCCCAGGGGGCCAAGAAGAAGUUAGUUCUGAAUGCGUUCGUCGAGAUGUGUAACGGCCACCAGUCCCCCGGCCUCUGGCGGCACCCAGACGACAAGUCCUGGGAGUUCGACAAGGUCGAGCACUGGGUCGAGCUAGCGAAGUUGCUAGAGGAGGCCAAGUUCCAUGGCAUCUUCAUCGCUGACGUGCUCGGGGGCUACGACGUGUACAAGAAGUCGCUGGACCCGGCCAUCAUCUCGGCGGCACAAUGGCCGGUAACCGAGCCGUUGUCGGUGGUGCCGGCCAUGGCGGCCGCGACGAAGAGCAUCGGGUUUGGAGUCACUAUCUCGACGACGUAUGAGCAGCCGUAUCAUCUGGCCAGGCGCUUGUCGACAGUGGAUCAUCUAACUAAUGGACGUGUGGGCUGGAAUAUCGUUACCAGCUAUCUCGAUUCGGCCGCCCGCAACCUCGGCCGUACUGAGCAGCCCGCUCACGACGACCGCUACGCCCAAGCCGAGGAGUACAUUCGCGUCAUGUACAAGCUCUUCAACGCCUCCUGGCGCGACGACGCCGUGCAACGCAACCGCGACACGGGCAUCUACACCUCCCCUGACCUCGUCCGCCCCAUCAACCACGCCGGCCGCUUCUUCUCCGUCCCCGGCCCGCACAUCGUGCACCCCAGCCCUCAACGCACGCCCUUACUCCUACAAGCGGGCACCUCCCGAGCGGGAAAACUCUUCGCGGCCCAACACGCCGAAGCCAUCUUCGUCUCCGCACACGCGGCCUCCGUCGUGGCGAAGAACAUCGCUGAGAUCCGGCAGCUAGCGCGCGAGCAGUUUGGUCGGGACCCGAGCACAUCGCCGAUCCGGGUGCUCGCGCUGGUGACGCCUGUGCUGGGGCGGACGGAGGAGGAGGCAAGGGAGAAGUUGGCUGAGUACAGGAAGUAUGCGUCGCUGGAAGGGGCGCUGGCGCUGUUUGGGGGGUGGACGGGGAUUGAUUUGAAUCAGUAUGGGGAUGAGGAGGAGUUGCGGCAGGUGGAGAGUAACGCGGUCAGGUCUACGGUCGAAGCAUACGCCCGUUUCUCGCCGGCCAACGACAAGUGGACCAAGCACACGGUGGCCGAGCAUGUCAGCAUCGGUGGCAACGGCCCGGUACUGGUGGGCACGCCCGAGCAAGUGGCCGACGGGCUCGAGGCCUGGGUCCGCGAGGCUGAUGUCGACGGCUUCAAUUUUGCCUAUGCCCUCUUCCCGCAAUCAUUCAAGGACAUCAUCGACCUGCUGCUACCAGAGCUGCAAAAGCGCGGUCUGUUCUGGGAUGACUAUGCCGUGCCCGGGGGUACCUACCGCGAGAACUUUUACGGUCGGGCUGGGCAGACAUAUCCGCCCGAAGACCAUGUGGCCGCCCAGUUCCGGUGGGCAGCGGGCGUGCCGGCCAGUGAGCAUACGAUUCCAGAGUAG